UCCCUGCUCUCUCUCUCUCUCUCUGUCUUUGCCCCUCUCGAGCAAAGAGAACAAUUCAGAGCGGUUAGAGCCGCCGCCGACGCCCAGCGAAGAGCUGUUGUGGCCGAGGGCUGACAGAGGCGCACUCGAGGUCAAAGCCGCCGCCGACGCCCAGCGAAGAGCUGUUGUGGCCGAGGGCUGA